AUGUCAGCUCCCAUGCAGGCCAAGUCGAAACUCCUCUCGCGGGAACCAUUGGAUCCUAACGAGGCCCGCUGGGCUCGAAUGGUGAAAACAACAUACACUGACCCUCUGGGCGUCGAGCGAACCUGGGAAUCAGCUGAGCGCACGACUCGUCCUGCGGGUAUUGAACUCGACGGCGUCGGCAUAGUUGCUAUGUUGAACACGGAUGCUGGCGCGGAGAUUCUGCUACAGAAACAGUAUCGGCCCCCUAUUGAUGCAGUCGUCAUUGAGGUUCCUGCGGGGCUCAUUGAUGCAGGUGAGACGCCUGAGCAGUGUGCUGUGCGAGAACUCAAGGAGGAGACUGGCUAUGUUGGCGUGGCAGAGCAGACUAGUCCAUUGAUGUUUAACGACCCUGGGCUCUGUAAUACCAAUUUGCAUAUGGUCCAUGUCCAGGUUGAUAUGUCUCUUCCCGAGAACAAGAACCCGAAACCUGAACUUGAGGACAAUGAGUUCAUCGAGUGUUUCACUCUUCCUUUGAGCUCGUUGUUCGACGAUUUGAAGAAGCUGGAAAGUGAGGGUUAUGCCAUUGAUGCCAGAGUUGGAACACUGGCAGAGGGAAUUGAACUAGCAAAGAAAUGGAAGCUGUGA